AUGGCUGAUGAACUUGCCUUCAACUUUGCUGCAAACAGAUUUAAAACUGAUGGCUUAAAUUCCUUGGUCCUUGAUUUGGAUUUUCCUGCUUUGAGGAAAAACAAGAAUAUAGAUAACUUUUUAAAUAGAUAUGAGAAAAUUGUGAAAAAAAUCAGAGGUCUGCAGAUGAAGGCAGAAGACUAUGAUGUUGUAAAGGUUAUCGGAAAAAGAGGUGCUUUUGGUGAAGUCCAGUUGGUUCGUCAUAAGGCAUCACAGAAGGUUUAUGCCAUGAAGCUUCUUAGUAAGUUUGAAAUGAUAAAAAGAUCAGAUUCUGCUUUUUUCUGGGAAGAAAGAGAUAUUAUGGCCUUUGCCAAUAGUCCCUGGGUGGUUCAGCUCUUUUGUGCCUUUCAAGAUGAUAGGUAUCUGUACAUGGUAAUGGAGUACAUGCCUGGUGGUGACCUUGUAAACCUUAUGAGUAAUUACGAUGUGCCUGAAAAGUGGGCCAAAUUUUACACUGCUGAAGUUGUCCUUGCUCUGGACGCAAUACACUCCAUGGGUCUCAUUCACAGGGACGUGAAGCCCGACAACAUGCUCUUGGAUAAACACGGACAUCUAAAAUUAGCAGAUUUUGGCACAUGUAUGAAGAUGGAUGAAGCAGGCAUGGUACACUGUGACACAGCAGUUGGGACACCUGAUUAUAUAUCACCUGAGGUUCUGAAAUCUCAAGGGGGUGAUGGUUACUAUGGGCGAGAAUGUGAUUGGUGGUCUGUAGGUGUUUUCCUUUUUGAGAUGCUAGUGGGGGAUACUCCAUUUUAUGCAGAUUCACUUGUAGGAACAUAUAGCAAAAUCAUGGAUCAUAAGAAUUCAUUAUGUUUUCCUGAAGAUGCAGAAAUUUCAAAGCAUGCGAAGAAUCUCAUCUGUGCCUUCUUAACCGAUAGGGAGGUACGACUCGGGAGAAAUGGAGUCGAAGAAAUUAAACAGCACCCUUUCUUUAAGAACGAUCAGUGGAAUUGGGAUAACAUAAGAGAGACGGCAGCUCCUGUGGUCCCUGAGCUCAGCAGUGACAUAGACAGCAGCAAUUUUGAUGACAUCGAAGAUGAUAAAGGAGAUGUAGAAACUUUCCCAAUUCCUAAAGCUUUUGUGGGAAAUCAGCUGCCUUUUAUAGGAUUCACCUACUACAGAGAAAAUUUGUUAUUAAGUGACUCUCCAUCUUGUAGAGAAAAUGAUUCAAUACAAUCAAGAAAAAAUGAAGAAAGCCAAGAGGAUAUAAAAUGGGCAGCAAGAAUUUCUGAUUCCCCUGUGCGAACUAGUGUGCUCACAUUAGACCAACGCUGCAGCAGCCCAGAGCAGUUACACGUGAUGAUUCAGAAAAAACUGUAUACAUUAGAAGAACACCUUAGCAAUGAGAUCCAAGCCAAAGAGGAGCUAGAGCAGAAGUGCAAAUCUGUUAACGCUCGCCUAGAGAAGACGAUCAAGGAGCUAGAGGAAGAGAUUACUUUGAGGAAAAAUGUGGAAUCAUCAUUAAGACAAUUAGAAAGAGAAAAGGCUCUUCUUCAGCACAAAAAUGCAGAAUUCCAGCGGAAAGCUGAUCAUGAAGCAGACAAGAAACGAAAUUUGGAAAAUGAUGUUAACAGCUUAAAAGAUCAACUUGAAGAUUUGAAAAAAAGAAAUCAAAACUCCCAAAUAUCCACCGAAAAAGUGAAUCAACUCCAGAGACAACUGGAUGAAACCAAUGCUUUGCUGCGGACAGAAUCCGAUACCGCAGCCCGUUUAAGAAAAACCCAGGCAGAAAGUUCCAAACAGAUUCAGCAGCUGGAAUCUAACAAUAGAGACCUGCAAGAUAAAAACUGCCUGCUUGAGACUGCCAAGUUAAAACUUGAAAAGGAGUAUAUCAAUCUUCAGUCUGCUCUGGAAUCUGAACGGAGGGACCGGACGCAUGGGUCAGAAAUAAUUAAUGAUCUACAAGGUAGAAUAUCUGGCCUGGAAGAAGAUUUAAAGAAUGGCAAAAUCUUACUAGCAAAAGUAGAACUGGAAAAGAGGCAAUUGCAGGAGAGAUUUGCUGAUUUGGAAAAGGAAAAGAGCAACAUGGAAAUAGAUAUGACAUACCAACUAAAAGUUACACAGCAGAGCUUGGAACAAGAAGAGGCUGAGCACAAGGCCACAAAAGCACGGCUGGCAGAUAAGAAUAAGAUCUACGAGUCCAUUGAAGAAGCGAAAUCAGAAGCUAUGAAAGAAAUGGAAAAGAAGCUCUUGGAGGAAAGGACUUUAAAACAGAAAGUGGAAAACCUGUUGCUGGAGGCUGAGAAGAAGUGCUCUAUAUUAGACUGCGACCUCAAACAGUCACAGCAGAAGAUGAACGAGCUCCUUAAACAGAAGGAUGUGCUAAACGAGGAUGUUAGAAACUUGACAUUAAAAAUAGAGCAGGAAACUCAGAAGCGCUGUUUGACACAAAAUGACUUGAAGAUGCAAACCCAGCAGGUUAACACUCUAAAGAUGUCAGAAAAGCAGUUAAAACAAGAGAAUAAUCAUCUCAUGGAAAUGAAACUGAGCUUGGAAAAACAAAAUGCUGAACUUCGAAAAGAACGGCAAGACGCAGACGGGCAGAUGAAAGAACUUCAGGACCAGCUCGAAGCUGAGCAGUAUUUCUCAACCCUCUAUAAAACACAAGUUAGGGAACUUAAGGAAGAGUGUGAAGAAAAGACCAAACUUUGUAAAGAACUGCAGCAAAAGAAACAGGAAUUACAGGAUGAAAGGGACUCCUUGGCUGCCCAGCUGGAGAUCACCUUGACCAAAGCCGAUUCAGAGCAGCUGGCCCGUUCCAUCGCCGAGGAACAAUAUUCCGAUCUGGAAAAAGAGAAGAUCAUGAAAGAGCUGGAGAUCAAAGAGAUGAUGGCUAGACACAAGCAGGAGCUUACGGAAAAGGACGCCACCAUUGCAUCCCUUGAAGAAACUAAUAGGACACUAACUAGUGAUGUUGCCAAUCUUGCUAAUGAGAAAGAAGAAUUAAACAACAAACUGAAAGACGCUCAAGAACAACUAUCAAGGUUGAAAGAUGAAGAGAUAAGCAUAGCAGCUGUUAAAGCACAAUUCGAGAAACAGCUGCUAAACGAGAGAACACUCAAAACUCAAGCUGUGAACAAGUUGGCUGAGAUCAUGAAUCGUAAAGAACCUGUCAAGCGCGGCAGCGACACGGAUAUGCGGAGAAAAGAGAAGGAGAAUAGGAAGCUACACAUGGAGCUGAAGUCUGAGCGGGAAAAGCUGACCCAGCAGAUGAUCAAGUAUCAGAAAGAGCUGAAUGAAAUGCAGGCGCAAAUAGCUGAAGAGAGCCAGAUUCGAAUUGAGCUGCAGAUGACGCUGGACAGCAAGGACAGUGACAUCGAGCAGCUGCGGUCGCAGCUGCAGGCCCUGCACAUCGGUCUGGACAGUUCCAGUAUCGGCAGCGGGCCGGGGGACGCCGAGGCAGAUGACAGCUUUCCAGAAUCAAGACUAGAAGGAUGGCUUUCACUGCCUGUGCGAAACAACACUAAGAAAUUUGGAUGGGUUAAAAAGUAUGUGAUUGUGAGCAGUAAGAAGAUUCUUUUCUAUGACAGCGAACAAGACAAAGAGCAGUCUAAUCCUUACAUGGUCCUGGAUAUAGACAAGUUAUUUCACGUGCGGCCCGUCACACAGACAGAUGUGUAUAGAGCAGAUGCUAAAGAAAUCCCAAGGAUAUUCCAGAUUCUAUAUGCCAAUGAAGGAGAAAGUAAGAAGGAGCAAGAAUUUCCAGUGGAGCCCGUGGGAGAAAAGUCUAAUUAUAUUUGCCACAAAGGGCAUGAGUUUAUUCCUACUCUUUAUCAUUUCCCGACCAACUGCGAGGCUUGUAUGAAACCUCUGUGGCACAUGUUUAAGCCACCCCCGGCUUUAGAGUGUCGUCGCUGCCAUAUUAAAUGUCAUAAAGACCACAUGGACAAAAAGGAAGAGAUCAUAGCGCCUUGCAAAGUGUAUUAUGAUAUUUCAACGGCAAAGAAUCUAUUAUUGUUAGCAAAUUCUACAGAAGAGCAGCAAAAGUGGGUGAGUCGGUUGGUGAAAAAGAUACCUAAAAAGCCCCCUGCUCCAGACCCUUUCGCAAGGUCAUCUCCUAGAACCUCGAUGAAGAUACAACAAAACCAGUCUAUCAGACGGCCGAGUCGGCAGCUCGCCCCAAACAAGCCAAGAUUGCUCGAUGUGGCAUUUAAAGACUGGGAUUGGUCCUUUGAUGAUGUUGAUGGUGGUGAUGAUGAUGGCGAUGUUUUUGAUUUCUGAAGAAAUAAAUGGGCUAACUGCCUUCUGUGAAAGCAGUGAUUAGUCAAGGUGAUCAUAUUCUUUCAGUUAAAACAAGACUGAAAUGUGGCCCAAAGUUUUUAAAAAGCUAUAUUUUCCUGAGAGACUGAUACACACAUACGUGUUCACGUUCCCGUUGUUCCUGUAAUAUAAAUUGCAAAUGAACCAACCAUGAUGGGUUAAUAAGGAUCACAAUGCGGCUCUUCCAGACUCUUCCACAAAGCUCUCUUGACAGUCAAGCACACUACAUCGCACCGGAGGACGGAGAGGGUUGACGUCGAAGGAGCUCGUGGUUCAGCUCCCACAGAGGGUUCACCAGCACAUUCUCCCGAAGAACCUGGGGAUGGAUCCCACUGCAGUGACACUGCGUCCUGAAGAAGUGGCCGUUACUGUGUGCCCGCACAUGCGCGCACACACACACACACAGUACUGUAAAUACUGCAAGAGGGUUUUUUAACUCCCCACUCUAUUUUUUUAUACUCAUUAAUCAGAUAUCAUUACUUACUGCAGUUGCAACUAUGCACUUGUAUAAAGCCAUACUGUUGGAGUUUCAAAUCACUUGUUCAUGUGCACCUCGUGGGAGCUGCAUGUUCACGUGUAAGCAGUUACUGUAAUGGGGAGUUUGAAAUUAAUUCUGUUUCCUAAUGCUUCAUGAUAGGCAACUUUACCUAUUUUGAAUGCCUUAAUUUAAUUUUUUUUUUCCUCAAAGUCUUGGCCCUUUUCUGUAUUUAAAAAAAAAAAAGUGUUUAUCAGCUAUUAGGAUGCAAACUUGCUUUGUGAAAGAAAAAUACUGCACUAUUUUUACACAUAAUCAUUACAUCAGUGUCAGCCUAUUUUGAUUGUAUAACAAAAUUUUCUUCCUAAGUAUUGGUCAUAGAAACAAUAAUGGAUAGUAUUGGAACUAACAUGUCUUUGACGUAGGCCUCUUGUUCACCCACCCCUUCCCCAGACCCUCAGUAUCAGUCCGCAACUGUGCAAGGUGUUCUUUGCUGUGGAUCUGCUGGUUACCCUAGAUGUGUUUUCAUUUCUGGUAAAAACAUUUGUGACUAUUUUUACAUUUUCACACUCAAGAUUCAAUGAUUGUCCCUAAUAGAAAACUAAGACAUGCUGUAGAUACAUCUUAAAUAUCUAAAUGUGACUCUCAAACACAGCCGUGUAUGGCAAUAUUUCAGUAUUGGGUUAAAAAAACUGGUGACUUGGAAGAAGCAGCUGCAGAAGCACUAAUUGAUUUUUUUUUUUCAAAUGCUGUUCAAGUUACAGUUUAUCUAGGCCCCUUCCUGCUAUAGUUCUCAUUCCCCCGGCUGAGCAUAGCUUUUAUACUGCAACAGUAUGCAGCAGUGGUCAGCGUCCACUUAGCACAGACAGUAGUCUUGUAUCAGGCUCUCUAAGCACAUGCACAUACAGUUCGCUGUAAUACUGCAAUACGUCAUCUGAAAUUUCAAUGAAGGAAGUAGACAUUUUCAUGGACUCGCCCUGGGGUCAGUGUGGAGAUGUGUAAAGAUUCAGUCCCCAUUGUAGGUUCUAUUGUGGAAACUACAGAGUGGCCUUUGGCCAUGGAAGCCGAAUUUGCUCUUCCACCAUCCAGUCUGCGCUCGUCCGGGCUGUCUGUGCAGAGGCUGGAGAUGCACACGUUGCCCUCCCAGGCCUGGCCUACGGUUCGGGUUUGGGGGACAGCUUUUUUUUUUUUUUUUAAGUAAGAUUUAAAGAUGAAAAAUAUAUAAAAUUUAUAUAGAAAAAAUAUUUCCAUUCAUUAGAGUUGUUAAAAGGAAGACUGAAUUAAUAUUUUAUAUAAAGAUUUUGUUACACUAUGGGAUUUUCUAUCCUAUUAUUCUGAAUUGGAGAGAGUAUAUAUAUAUAUAUCUAUAUAUUUUUAAUAAACUUUAUUAAGGUGAAAUAAUGUCAAGAUCACACAUGAGUAACAAGUAUUUGAGUAGAAAAGACAGAAGUGUAAAUUUCGAAUGCUGUAUAUAUUCGAGACUGGAGAAUCAUGGGGGGAUGCAGCCGUGUAAAGAGAAGCAAUGUGAAGUAUCGGGGGAGGUGUUCUGAGGGGUGGAAGAGGUCUCUCCCAUGGAGAUUCUUCACACCACAUGGCUUGCUGUGAGUUUAUGAGGUGGUUUGUCCAACUCACGGAAAUGCGCUGUAAUAAAGACUUCUGACCCGAGGUGGGCGUGUGCGACCCCGUUCCCCUUGCACGCACACGCCCGAGCAAUGCACCUAGCCGCGGGCUUUCUCCCCAACACUCACUAGGUAGGAAACAGCCAGGUUUUGUGCCAGUUUUUCUUCUUCCCGAGGCCCCAACGUUUCUAAGAUAAAUAUUUAUUAAAAACCAAAAGUUGCUUAUUUCUGUACACCUGACUUCUCUUCGAGCCAUAAAUACCUCCUACUGGGAACUAAGAAAUAGAAAAGAUUUGGGUUUUCAUAGGUUUUUUGUUUUUUUGUUUUUUGUUUUUUUUACUUUUGUGGGGAUAGCGAGACAGAAGUAGAAGGACGGGUGCCGGUAUCACUGUUGGAAUUAAUGUAUAGUGAAUUUUUGUAAGUAUUAAUUUAAACAUGCUAUCUAGAUUUUUAAGCAAAGAUUUUUUUAAAAAUCCACCUAAAGUUUAAAAUGCUCUAGCUAACUAAUGGGUAAGUAUACCAGUAAGUCUAAAAUAAAGGUUAGUGCCUUUAAAACUAACGUGAGAAUCAAACAGAGCUGGCCCUGAAGGACCUACUUUGCAUCGGUUGAUCUGUCGAUUUCAGGAGGAAAUACUCUGGGUUGCCAAGCCACAGUCUGCAUUCUGCUGCUGCUGCUGCUAGUCUGUUCUUACAGGAUUCUGGUGGUCAGACACGGGGCUAUUGCCCAGAAACACGCUUUAAUAACCUGUUUACACCCUGCUGGGAGCAGGCCGCCCAGGUUUCCCAGUUGUGCUGACGCUGCGACUUGAGGCACCUCCUUCCCCGGGCGACGCGUCCUCCUCCCUGUGUCAGGAAGACCCCAGCUGACUCGUAAAGCACUUUGAAGCUAGGCACUGUGUGACAGUGUCAACGUGCUUGGGGGCCACUUCUUGAUUCCCUGCCACACAGUAAUGAGUUUCAUUUGGGAUUGUAAUAAGUUAUGAACUGCAUGGUUAGAUAAUCAUAAAUGUCUGAUCAGCUGUCCCCGCUGAACAAAAAUCGUACCCCCUUGGUUUUUUAUUUCAAUUUUGUUGCAUCUUUGUAGUAAUGUUAUUGUAUUUUAUGCCUGCUUUUUAUAAAAAAAAAAAAAUUAAAUAAAAAAUUAA